AUGAGGCCCAUUCUCCUGAAGGGCCACGAACGGCCCCUGACCCAAGUCAAAUACAACCGGGACGGCGAUCUCAUAUUCACCACGUCAAAAGACCAGCAAAUCUGCGUCUGGUUCUCGCACAACGGGGAGCGCCUCGGCACAUAUCGCGGCCACCAAGGUGCCAUCUGGUCCGUUGACGUCGACCCCACAAGCACCAUUAUCGCCUCGGGCUCUGCCGACAACACAAUCCGACUCUGGGACAUCAAGACGGGCAAGUGCCUCAAAUCGUGGGAGUUCCCGACCGCCGUCAAGCGGGUCGAGUUCAACGAGGAUGGCAGCAAGCUCCUCGGCGUAACGGAGAAGCGCAUGGGGCACCUGGGCACCAUCGUUGUGCUGGACAUCAAGAUCGACGUUGAGGCGGAGCAGUCCGACGAGAAGGCCCUGACGAUUGUGUGCGAAGAGAGCAAGGCCACCGUCGCCGGGUGGAGCUACCUGAGCAAAUACAUUAUCGCCGGCCACGAGGACGGGUCCGUCUCCCAGUACGACGCAAAGACGGGCGACCUGAUCUACAACAUUCCCGUACACGAGCUCAAUUCAUCCAUCACUGACAUGCAGUGGUCUUCGGACCGGACAUACUUCAUCACCGCCUCACAAGACAAGACGGCCAAGCUGAUCUCCGCCAAGGACCUCGAAGUCCUCAAGAGCUACCCGGCCGACACGCCGCUCAACACGGCGACCAUCACGGCCAAGAAGGACUUUGUCAUUCUGGGCGGCGGGCAGGCCGCGUCCGAGGUGACGACGACGUCGUCGCGGCAAGGGCGGUUCGAGGCGCGCUUCUACCACAAGAUCUUUGAGGACGAGAUUGGCCGCGUGCGGGGCCACUUUGGCCCGCUCAACUCCAUCGCCGCCGACCCCACGGGCAAGAGCUACGCCAGCGGCGGCGAGGACGGCUACGUGCGCGUCCACCACUUCGACAAGGGCUACUUUGACUUCAUGUACGAGGUGGAGCGGGAGCGGGCGAACAGGCAGCAGCAGAUGGGCACCGCUACUGCUUGA